CCUGCGCUGGACACACGUGAGGGGACGAGGGGACGUCGCCAGCCCCUGACCACAGGCAUCUUCCCCUGGGGGAGCGAGGGAGCUGGGGAAGGGAAGCAUGGCCCCAGCCAAGGCUGCCAUGUCUGUUCUCCAAGACUUUCCUGUGGGAGCUGCACCCAGCACAGAAGCAGGCCGCGCUGUGGGCGAGCAUGGAGGAACAGGCCGAGCUCCCCCAUGGGGCUCCACUGGGCAGGGGUGGGUGGUGCGGGCAGCCCAGCAGGGAGCAGCCGGACAGCCCUCUCUCUUCGCUGUGCUUUCCAGGAUCCUCAGACUCCCUUAUCAAAUAUUAAGGGCGAGCCGGCCGGAGAUGAGUCUGGAGUCCUUGUUUCAGCACAUCAUCUUCAGUGAGCAUCAGGCGGAGGAGAGCCGCAGAGUGAUGCGGGAAGUAAGGUCGGAGAUUACCAGAUGUCGUGGGAAAAUUAAGAAAGCAACAGAGGACCUGAGUGAAGAGAAAAUCAAGUUGGAAUCCAAGGUUCAGCAGUUGUCUGAGAAAUCUUUCCUCUUAGAGCUUCUGAAAACCCAUGAAAACGCAUUAGAGAGACAGCUCAGUGAGAUUAUCAGCGAGCGGGACACACUGCUCCAAGCCUGCGAGGCUAUAAAGAAUAAAACCACAGAGGAAGAGGAAAGAUUUAUUAAGGAAAUUACAGACUUCAAUGACAAUUAUGAAAUAACCAAGAAAAGAGAUACUUUGAUGAAAGAAAAUAUCGAGAUGGAAAUGGCUGACUUAGACAGCCAGGCAGAUGUUUUGAGAAGGGAAAUGAAGUCGGUGGAACGUAACCGUGGACAGUUAUGGGAACUCCAAAAACUAAAAAAUGAACUGUUACAAGAAUUAUUUACUCUCCAGAAAAAGCUUAAAGACAGGCUUAAAAGGGAGUUAGAUCUGUAUAAAGCAGAAGACAUGGAAAGUGUCUACAGAGCUCUCCAAGCAGAAGUAGACCUCCUGGAGUUGGCACUGGCACCAAAGGAUCCCCAGGACAGUAACUCCUUGAGUCAUGAGCCACCCCACACUUGAGCAUCAGAGAACCACACAUGAGUGGAGCCUGUAGAGCUGAUCUCUACGUGAACAUGAGGAUCAGGCAGUGCAGAGGAGUGAUGACUCUAUUGCAUAAUACAUUUUAUCUUGUUACCUAAGAGGUCCUUGUACAGUUUCUAAGGGGAGAGAAAGAAGAAGAUACUAAACUCCAGAUUUAAGUUGGUCUGUCCUUUCUGAUCUGCCUGUCUCAUUUUUUACUGUAGCUUACCUUACAUCCUGUCAAACAUACACAGAAAGAAGUGUUCAGAUUAUUGAUUCAAUUUUGUUGGUGCCAUUUCUGCCAGGGAAGAGUGCUUACUUUGAUUUUAUUCUUUCUUCAAUCAUCAAAUGUCUGUCAACAGCGAUCAUUUGAGGCCUUUCAUUCCUGUGUGUGUCUACAGAACUUCACAGUGUGAGGCAUCUCCAGGCAGCCAUUCCCCACUGGUUCCUGUGCCCACCACUUCUUCUCCAAAUGACAGCCUUGGUUGGGAAUAAGGAAGUUCUUCAGUUGGUGGGCAGGGGGGCAUGGAAUGUCCAGCAUUGUGCACUGUCCCGCUUCCAGAUCGGGUAUUUUCACUAGGAUUGGAGCUGUUGUGUUUUCACUAGUGGUUCACUAGGAUUGGAGCUGUUGUAUUUUCACUAGUGUUUUGCUAGGAUUGGAGCUGUUUAGUCAGGGCCUAGACGAGGCUAGGUGGGAGGAUCUUGUGUCAGAAUUGUUAAGUUUUGAUGUUGGAGCCAUGUUCCUUUGAAUUUGUUUAGUGAGCUGCCUCACAUGACCAGUUCAGAAAUGUCUCAGAUCCAUUUGGGUUAAAGUAGAGUGCCAAGGCUUUAAUUUCAGAGCAAGUAUUACUUUGCCACAACUAUUUUUGUAAUUGUUGUUGUAUAUUCUUAGUUUUGAAAAAAAAAAUGGGAAACUUGCAUUUAUGGGCCAAGGCACUAGAAUCUUAGGUCUGUGACUAUUAUAUAAUGUUAAUGAGCUGAGAGUAUCUAAGUACACACAUCUUUCCACUCAGCCAUUUGUGCACAUGGCUGGGUCUAGAAUGAAACUCUGGUGUGGACUGUGGGUGCCCUGUUGUGCACGCAUACAGAAUACCACCACUUAUAUGACUGUCAUCUGCUAGCGUGCCGUAUGGACCUGUAGGUAGAAAUUUAGUGACAGCAGCAGGAACAGUGUGAGCUGAGCAUGGGAGAAGGACUGAGACUUGGUGUUUCUACUAUUUAAAAUGAAAGAAAUAACUCAAGAUUUAAGCCACUGUUCACGUCAUCAAAGGUAUGAUGUGCACUGUGUGGGAGAGCCACACAGUACUAACCAUGUGACUGGCUGUGUUUACGGGACAGGUUCUGUGAAGAGGAGGAAACAGCAGGUAGCAGCCAUGGGUUAAAACCGAGCUGUUCCCACUGGCUUGGGUCUUCAGUUGUUGCUUUCUUCUCCUUCCCCGUGUGUGUCAGUCAUAAAACUCUUGGAAGGACAAUGAACUGAAAUUGUGUGCAUAUAAAUACGUCACAGACUGAAUUUAAUUACUCUGGAAGUGAGACAGCGUCUAUAGAGAGAGACAGUUUGUGAGCAAGUGAGUAGUACAUAAAUUCAUUCAAUUGGUUGUGCAUUUAGUCAUGAGCAGAGUGCCACUAACCCAUGUGAUCCCAACGCCACGCCUGCACAGCCUGCCAUGCCGUCGUGGAUCUUUAAUGCCACCCUACUUCUUUUCAAAAAGCAAUUUCUAAUUUUUACCUCUAUUGGAGACUAUUAGAAUGCAUAGCUUGGUACAUAUUCUCUUGUUGACUAAUGAAGCCACUUGGCUAGAGAAAAAAUAGCAGUAAAAUCAUAGGAUGUGGAGUAAACCCUAGUGGAGACUCCAUCCUCUUCUUAGACCUUACUGUUGAUAGGUGGGGCAAUGCCAGACAUGGCUGCCUCCCCAGUGGUUUGUUCAGAAUAAAUUGUUUUUGGUAAAAGAUAAAGAGCAUUUGCCUGCCUGCCUGCCUGCCUGCCUGCCUGCCUGCCUGCCUGCCUGCCUGCCUGGCUUUUCUUGGAACUUGUACAACUAGGAUGAGAUUUUAAAAGCCUAAAAGAAGGUUGGGGUUAUUGCAUUAUAAUCAAUUAGGACCAGGAAACAGACUGAGGUGGGGUUGGUCCCUCCUGUGGAAUGGGAGCUCUGCUGUGAAUGACCCAUGGAGUCUCUUACCAGAUGGGCAUGCUGGGUGCUUACAGAUGGACAGACAGCACACACUGGCCCAGCCCCUUCUCAGCUUUGGCUGAGGACAAAGUCCUUUUCUAUUUUGCAGUGAUCAAUCAUAACUAACUACGUCACACUGUGAUGAACAAUUUGUUUAUUUGCAGUCCAGAAACCAUGAUUGCAGUUCAGGAGCGUGAUCAGCAAUGAAGGAGACACUUGGGGGGGUUGAGGGGGGAGGCAAGGAGGGUAAGAUGCUCUGUCUUAAAUGUCUAUUGUGGUAUAAAUUUGAACUGUGACAUUGGUCAGCACCUAGCGAACCUUCAGCACUCAGAGUUGGUCUAUUUUAGGUGGGCUUCCAUGCUUGCUUGUUCUGCCUCUCUUCUGUCUUUGUCAUUUGAAAAAAAAAAAUGUAAGUUCGACUCUCAGAAUCCAGUUCAGAACAUUUCCUGUCAAGGGCAUUUUUUUUUUUUUUCAGGAUGUGAACUAAAAGUGAAAAAUAUCUCAUGUCAUUAGCCUGGAGCAGGGAUUAAGUUGUAGAGGUGUGUGCCCCUUUUAUCUUAAUACAACAGGUUUUGUUUUAUUUUAUUUUAUUUUUAAUGUAAGAAUGAAGCAGAGUUAUCUCUGAAAACAUUUGAGGUAGGAAUGCAGAGUUAGCUGACUUUGUACUUUGUAAAUAUUGUAUUUUAAAGUUACAUGGCCUGUUUUGGCUUCAUCUAAGAGUCAAAUGAUCGUACUGGAGAUUCAGCUUCAUUUUCUUAUUAAUUCACUCAGGAUAUGAGAUAAAUAAUACUGACACGACACUGACUAAUAAUCCAUGAAGGAUGUUGUAUUAGGCCCCCUCCCCCAUACAGGAGAAGGAAGAUUUACUAUUGGUUGUUGGUGGAGGCUCCUGUUUAUUAAACAUGAGGACAACCUGCACAAGGUAGCGCGUGUUAGGAGAGCUGGCUUUCUUUGACUGGAAGAAGAAGGAACACACAGCAAAGACAGGCUGGCCUGGUUGUGGAGUGUGCUCCCAGCUGCUGCCAUGGGAAGUACCGAGCUGUUGGAAUUGAGUGCUUAUUUAAACAACUGCUUCUAAUACAUAGCAAAUUUAUCUUUAAAAAGCCUUUAUAAAAUCAACAGCACCAGAAUUCAGAUGUUGGGGAAAAUAAAGAGCAAGUGAAAUGUGAAAUUAAUAGCGAUGACUGACAUAGAGCCAUUCUCAGGCACAGGAAGCAGGAGAAAUGCUUUUGUUUUUCUCUUUACAGCCAGAAGAGCUCCACUCCUCUCAUAAUUCUAAGUUCAUUAUUUUCAUACUUGUAAUAAAUUGCCAUCCUAAUUAGUUGGUAAAUAAAGUCUUGUUCAAAUAAAACCCUCUUAAUCUCCAUCUAAUAGAUGCAAAUACAACACUAAUGAGUACUUCUGGAUCCAGCUUUGUGGUUGCUAAAGCCACCAUUGUACUGCCAUUGUUGGAACAGUUUCUGUGGGUGUUGGAUAAGAAGCCCCUACAGUGUGAGCUAAGGGGGUGGGGCACAGGGCCAGUGCUGUAGAAGUUCUAAAUCCAGCACCAGUCAAAGUUUGCAGAGCAUGGAGAUUAUAUUCCCAGGAGCAUCUUUAACCAGAGGCAUCAGCAGGCUUUAGAGUGCCCAGGUGCAUGGCAAGCGUCUUCACAGGCUUUGCAGAAAGGGUUGAGGCCUGAGUUAACGGUCUUAUUAGUGUGAGGUCACCAAGAGCUAUAGUAGGCUCUUUAUUUACACUUCAGUUGCUCAGACUCCAGUGAUAACACCUCAAAGAGUAUUGGUUUUGAAUUUUUGCUUGGAAUUAAAAAUCUACACAACAGCCAUUGUCAGAGAGAUUUGAAAAUUAUUUAGAUAAGCCUUUGAUUCUAGAAAUCAUGGAAUUAGUCACGAUCAGCAAAUAGGAGUUUCACAUAACUGAGACUGUCUUCUUCUUGUCCCAGAUAAGAAAGGGUCCUCAGUACAGAGCAGGCUGGAAUGCUUACGAGAAUUUGACCUGAGAAUCUCUUGGAAACAAUACCUACCCAUCCUUCUUUGUUAGCCUUUGUACAGAUGUGUGUGUUAGCAUUGCCGUGUGGUCACUGAUAUGUCCCAAGGGAUGGUAACGUCCGUGCGGGAGGUCCUCACCCUUGCCAGUCUGCUAAGGCAGGAGUGCAGACUCACACACCUUCCAGAAGGGAUGCAUGCAGAAGAAUCAGCUGACCUCACUGAAGCGUCCCUGCUUAGUCCAGCUUCCCCACUUACAUUCUGCUCUCUGUCUGUCUUGCAAGCCUCGCCCAUCCUAGCUCCAGGCCUGCCCUACUCCUCUUUGCAUCCUCUUCUUCAGCUUCAUGGGCUGGCUCUGUGUUCUCCAAAUUGAACCAACCUGUUCUGGCCUUGGGGACACCUCAUGAGCUGUUCUGUGCUUGGAGUGCUUCCCAUCACCCAUCCCUGUUCGGCACCAACUUCUGUCAGUCAAGUGUCAGAUGAUAUAUCACCCCACAGGGAUGGCUUCCUUCAGACAGUCUUACAUUUCUGUAUAGUUGUUAUGGCUGAAACUCCUGCUAUAGAUGCCUGUGCUCUGGGCUUGGAAGAUGGUGGACCGUAGGUGGUGAAGCCUUUCUAGAGAAAGUAGAUCCGUGGGAGAUGAUUAUGAAGUUUAAACUUUGAUCCUGUCUCUUGUCUCCCUCCUUCUGCCCUAAUGUUUAGCCGUACCUCAGACCCAAAGUGAUGGAUCCAUCCGUGAAUUGCAGAUACUGCACGUAGCCUCUCAGAAGCUAUAACAUAACAUAACACCUUCACUAAACUCCCAUCCUUGUGUCCAAUCCCAAUGGCUUUCUCACUUUUCUUUUCUGUUAUUAUCAUUCAACCCUGAGUUUUAUGAGGGCCACUGCCUUGCACUCCAUUUUCCUCUCAGGACACAGCCAUGUCUGCCUGGCACAAUAUGUGUUGAAUAUGAUUUGAAUUAGUUCUUUAUUUCAUCGAUAUAUAUUAAAAUAAAUUGAUUCUCUA